AUGGAUUCAAAUGCACGUAUCGCGCGGGUGGUAGGCCUGCUCACUGUCAUUCUGUCCUUCAUUCAUUUCCAACCUGCCUUCGCCCUUCGAGUGCUAAGCAAUCCCGCAGCAGCCCAUGCCAGUGCUGAUAGCGAAGCUUCUCUAGUGGGAGCUUCAGCUCCUACUGCCUCUGAAUCGGGAACGAGCGGUCCAGAGGCAGCGAGCGUGAUGCAGAGUGGUGCAGCGGACCCGUGCACGCUGGAGAGUGACGUGGAAGAUCUUCGGUCCGUAGUCAACGGAGUCAACAACCACUACGUCUACAAGGACACUGCCGUUGACUCGCCCGACCAGACGAACCUUCCCAGCAGCGUCGACAUCGUCGCGGAGCUGACGGCCAUUCUGCAGCGCGCCGAGCGGGGCGAAUACGAACGGCUGAUGGACGCCCACGUGGACACGUUCAACGCGCUCAACGGCCUGAACGACGGCCACACGAUGUUCUGGUCCAACUGUUUCUUCAGCAUGGCUACCUUCGUCCUGCCGCUCCCGCUUUUCGCGGUCGUGGAGGACGGUCAGCAGAUCAUUCGCGUCGCCACGCUCCGAUACCUGGAGCGGUUCAAGGGGAUCGACGAGGACGCGAAGAAGCUCUGGGGUUUCGAUUUUUCCGCCUACGAGUUACAGCAGGUGCUCGCAAUUGAGGGCCAGCCGGCAGUGGAGUACAUAAAGCAGUGGGCGGACAAGCACGGCGGCAUGGUGCGCAACCCCAGUGCGCGCUUCAACAUGAUGUUCGCGGGGCUCGACCCGGAGGGAAAAGCCAGCUUGGGGCACCACGCGGGGGAGUUUGUUGUGCGGGAGUUGGUUCCAGAGAGCGACUCGCUGCAGGUGUCCAUUUUCAGAGGCAACAGGGGAGCAGCAGAGAACGUGAGUGUGCCAUGGAUGGCUGUCUCGAACCCACAGCCCUUCAACGACUCGCGCUCCUACUGGACCCUCAACUGUGCCAAGCACAACGAGCCCUGUGCAGGCGACGCUGCUGCUGGCAACGCAGCAAGCAGCACCAGCAGCGGCAGCAGUGGCAGUGGUAGCGGCAGCGAGGAGAAGCAGGCGCCGUGUCCUGUGUUUCAGCGUGACGUGCUGAGGAGGCGACCCCAGUACCAGCAACAUCAGCGGCCCCACAGGCGCCAGCAGCAGCAGCCACAGGAGAAGCAGGAAGGCAAGGAGGAAGCAGGGUCAUCAAGCAACGAUGCGCACAGCAGCGACAAGGUUGCACCCAGGAUACUGGCUGGAGAGGAGGGGGCAGCCAUCACAAUGGAAAAGGUGUCUGCUGACGAUGCCUACUACCUGGUGUAUCUGGUGGACAACCGCACGGCAGUGAUAGUGCUGCACACAUUCGGCGUGGACCCCACUACGGAGGCGGAGCUCGCAGUCAGCAGGCCUGGCCUGCUGCAUCCCAUCGACUACCUCGCUGAGGAGAUUCUCAGAGCCAUGGAUACCGCCAGGAGCAUCAACUGCACGGAGGUCAUAUUCGACGUGCGCGAUAACGGCGGCGGGUACGCCGCGCUGGCCUCAGUCACAGUCGUCGCGCUUCUCGGCACGCGCAACGUGCCUCUAGCGGACGCAACCCUGCCCAUGGAUUUCAUUAUAGGCACAAACUUCACCUGGAGCCUCGUGGAAGAUCAGGCCAUUCCCAAGUACGUCACGAACGCGUACACGCAUCCCAGCGACGGCGCGUCGCUCCUCUCGUCUGCUCGCGACUACACUCCUCUGCAAAACGUCUCCUUCUCCAUCGCCGGCCGCAGAGGCACCUAUACCGCGGAUUUUAAACAGAAUUUUGAUUAUUUCUACGGCCCCUUCGCGGAGCAACCCGGGUUGUCGGAGCCGUUUUUCGGCGCGCGGCCGUUUCUGUUUCUCGCGGACGGGGACUGCUUCUCCACCUGCGCCAUCCUCACGCACAUGCUGGGUAAACGCUACAAAGUACCCAUGGUAACCGUGGGUGGUUUCCUCGACCAGCCCGUGUCCGUGAGCGCGUCGUGCCUGGGCUACACCAUGCUCUCGUUAAACUGCGACGUCUCGGUUCCGCUAAGCCGCACCACCCACGCCAACGACCCGCGCGCGUCGAAACCGUUUAAGACGAACAUGGAUGUUUCCAUGGCGUUUACUAACGGGUAUGUGGACUCGGGCGUUCCGUGCGAGUUCGAAUUUCUGCCGAGUCAGCGCCACGUGGACUACACCGUCGAUCGCAUCGACAAGCCCGAGGUCAUCUGGAGCGACGUCGCGAAACUCUUCCCGGAAUUGCCGCUGCCACCGGUGAUCGCUCAGUCGCAGGCUGCAGUGUAA